UUGAUCAAUUAGUCAAAUAAACAAUUUACUUUGAUGAUUGAAAAUUGUGCAACGCUAGUGGACAGCUCUGAUCACAUGACCUAGAUUUUUGGUUAGGCUGUUGGAAGAAGAUGAAUUCAGGUGACGGCGCAAACCAGUUAUUUCAUUUCGUGUAAAAUGGAAGGAAAUAACAUUCUUCAGCAGAUUAAUUCCAAUCCCUGUAUCUAAAUGCCUCCAAGAAAAAGAAGACAGAGCGCUCAGGGCGAAGAAAUUUUGAAAGAAAACGUUGAAGGGGCUGUGUCACCAGUAGGGGUUGGGACAGAAAGCGGAAAACAAGUAAAGAAUGUGCCAAAAACACCAGAUACAAACAGCCAACCAGAAAGACGACUGACUGCAAGACAACAGUCAAAGCAGGAUGCAUUACAAGAAAGUUAUUUGGCAGGGAAGUCAAAAGAUCCUGCUGUGCCAUCAACAUCAGCUGCAGAAACAAGUGCGAAACAGCCCACCCGAUUCAGUACACGUAUUGUUAAAAGGCCCAGAAGGGAUUUAAGCCCUCCGGAAUCACCAGUGAAGAAAGGUAAGAAGGUAGCAGCUGUACCUCCUGUGACCACCACUCCAGAAACAAAAGGAAAACGGCAAUGGGAACUGUGGAGUGUAGAGGACAAGGAUAGCUUCUUUGAAGGUCUUUGUGAGUAUGGUAAGGAUUUUGAGAGUAUUCAUAACCUGAUUGUUAACAAGUGUAAAAAGAAGGGAGGAGUGUUGCCUAUCACUGUGAAGAACAAGGAACAAGUCCGGCAUUUCUACUACCGAACAUGGCACAAGAUAUCAAAGUUGAUACAACCAGUCGAAGAUUUGAAGAAAGAUAUUCAGGAGUUGUAUGGUCUGAUCAGCUACAGUGUUCUCAGAAAGAAAUUGAGAGGAGGUGUGAAUCCAAAUGACAAGAACUGGCAGAAACUGAAUGAUUUGGUGCAUCAGGGAAUUGCCACAAUAAAAGUUAAAGGAAAAAGAAUAAGAGUGAAGACACCAGUCUGCAGUGCAUUGAAGAAGCUGAACUGCUUUGAGGAACCAAAAAGAGAUCCUGGUGCAAAAGUUCCAGAGAAAAUCCGUGUUGAGUUCCGUCCAAAGACGAACAUAGCCUGGCAGCAUGUGCAAGAUGUGUCCCAUAAUCCUCGUGUCAGAGUGACAGUACGUUCAGAAAGGCAUUUACAAUCACUGGUGAAAUAUCUCGAACAAAAAUGGAAACCUCCAAGAUUAAAACUUAGAGAAAGUCUUACAGAUGGUGAACAAGGCUGUGAAGAGUUUCGUGUAUAUCCGCAUCGAGACAGCACAUUGCGCAACAUCAGUAUGGAGGCUAUAGAUGAACCCGUGCUACAGUUCUGUCUCAACAAACACUGUAAAGAUAACAUAUUUAGUCCUAGUACAAGUAAACGGAAGAAGGAUAAGGAAGUGCCUGUAAAGACUUCAAGUGUUUGUACAAACACAGAAAACUCACCUGACUCAAGCAAAGCUGUGAUAUCUGAACCUUGUUGUGCUUGUAAUGACGCAUGUAAUAAUUGUGCUUUUAAAUGUUUGAAGAGUUGUGGACCUUCGAAUGAUCUCGUUAAAUCCUGCGCUAGUAAAGACGCUGUUAAGUUGUGUUCUUGUAUGUGCAAUAAAGACAAAAUUGGGUUGGAGAAGCAUUCUCUCGAAAAAGUGAUUGAUGGCAGCAAUUUUAUGGAAGGUGAAGGUCAUAAAGACCCACCAGCUAGAAGUUUGUUUAGUGCCAUAACCGAGUCGAGCAAAAGUGUGAAAAUUCCCAGUGACGUUAGUGAUAUCAAAUGUGUUCUUGCACAAAAUGAAUCUCCAAAAUACAGAUCUGAUGAAGUUACGCCUUCUUUAUCAAGUUCAAGGACGUUUUCUGUCCCCGAUCUUAGUGAAAUGGUUGAUGGGGAAAAUGCGAUGUUUCCCGACACGAUUGGCGACAACUGUCAGGAAGCCUCUAUAGAAGUUACCGUUUCAGAGAAUAACUCUGAUGCUAAAGUUGAACAAGAUGUGGAUGGUAAUGGUUGUUUUGGUGCGACCAAAUAUGUUCCAAAUGUAAUAACUUCCGGUGAAGUUGAGAAAAAUUGUAACAAAAAUAUGGCAAAUGCAGAAUCUAGUCAAACAGACUUUGAAAAAGUGUUUAAGGGUAUGCUAGACAAUGGUUGGGGUGUUGAUGAAGGAGAUAAUUUAACACUGGCGGAGUUGUAUCUUAUGUUUGGAGAGGACGGUGAACUGAAGUUUGAAUACGAUUGGGUCAGUCUGAGACGGGAGGCUGAACUGCUACAAGAGAAACUGCUUAUUAACUUAAACAACAUGUUGAGAAGACUGUCACAUCUUGCCAUGAUCGAGUUCACUGAUUUUACGAAGAGUUCAGGAGCUAACACAACCUGUCAGCUGUGUGGACAGUCCCCAAGCAAAAAAUCACAUGGGCGGGGCAAGGACAAGAGCCCUGUGGGAUCUGCCCGGGCUUCAAAACCAGGGAAAGAUGCAUCUACACAGACACAGGGUUUAAGGCUCAAUCCUACCCUGAUUGGUCCAGGUAUUUCAACACCUGGACAGAAUGGUGUGUUCAGAAUACCAGUUUUACCGGCACCUGUACAUUCACAACCGAAAACAACCACGACUGUCGUCACACAACCAAGUAAAGAACAGUUAGCAAGAUACAAUCCUACACAUAAUACUACACAGAAGCAGCUGAUGAGGCCACGAAAAUUAAAACCGAUGUCUCGGUCUCGGCCUGGGACAGCUGGUAGUUUGGUUCAAAGAACGAUUUUGCCUAAAAAUUCUGAAUACAUCACAAUUAUUCCAAUGAUGCCUGGAACACAGAUCCCUAAUCCCUCACCCGAGAAAACUACAACAGAAACCAUUGUAGGCCAUCCGAUCAAUGGCAUUCAGAAACAUCCGAUUACUGUCAUGCCAUCUUCACCGAGUGUCUCUGUAUCUAUGAGAAAUCCAGUGCUUUUAGGAUCACCAUCUGUUACAACAUCACCAUCCACAGAUACGUCAGGACUGAUGGAGAUGUCGUUAUCCCCAGAAGGAGAUCAAACAUUGCUUAGAAUACCUGCUGCCCAUCUUGGUUCUAUGUCACAAGAGGCAUUAAAGGCGGCAGGUCUAUCGACAAUGCCUGGUACUCCGAUAUCUGUUCCCAUCUCUGUAUCAACCACGCCAGUAACAAUGCAUGCAGGAUCAUACAGUUUGCUCGCUACAUCAACUGCAGUCACCAAUGCGAAGGGUUCUCUGAGUCCACCAAAUCUUUCAGCCUUGUUGGAUAUUUCACUGCCUACAGGGGAUCUAGAAACAGAUACAACAUUCAGUGGUUUACUGGAAGACAACAAGACGCUGACUCUGGACCCAGGUUUGACCACUCCACCAAUCGGUGCCAUCACAGAACACCAACCGCAGAAGUCUGAGGGGUUGCAUAGUCCUCCAGUGCGAUCCUUGUUCCAGACAUCACCAACACCAGACCAACAGUGGCUUACGGGGGAUGUGCAGGAUUUAUCGCUGUCCAGUUUUCUUGAUACUCCGUCCAGACCUGCAACAUCCAGUUCUGGUUCAAUGUUUAAUCCUAACAUGCCUAUGUCCCUAUUUAAUGAGAAUUCCAGAGAUUUCCAGUCACAUAGAAUCGAUGUUGACACAACAUUACAAAGUAUGAUGAAUGAGAGCAGUAUGGAUUACGUGAAGAAAUUUGCCGACCUUGCAGAACAAAUUGUACAGAAUGACUCGUCCACUGAACACACGAAGAAACCGGUUUAAACCGUUACAGAAUGUCGUUAGUUAUACUAAAGUACAUGUAUUUAACAACACCACGAAAUACAAUCGGAUGAAAAUGUCAAAAAACAAUGACCAAUACUUGUCCAAUUUUUUACUAGCUGUUGCGACACCAUCUCCCCAUAUAAAGAAGUCCAAAAAAAAGUACAUUUUAUAAAUAUCACAUGCAUAUAAGGGGGCUGGAUUGGAGAUUAAUAAGAGAAUAGUGAGAUCAGAUCAUAUUAUUUUUCAAGGGUUUAUAAUACCAGUAAACAGUCACUGCUUGAUGAUGAGAUGAAUAUCCAAGUUUAAGGACCUGACAAAAGUGAUAUUGACUGAGGCUGAAGUGAACAUCACCUUGAACAGGACUUUCUAGUUCAUGAGACUCUUUUUUACGGACAACCAAUCCAUUAUACUGCCCCUCAGAGAUCUCACAAAGGUAAUAUCAGGGCCUCCGCUGGGUUUUUCAUACUUGUCGCCACCCUUUGCGCCAAAUUAAAGAAGUUGGAGCCACUUUUGAGCCAAAGUUCUGAGCCACUUAUUUCUCUCAGUUGGCUGUCAUAGUGUGCAUAGGGAAAUUAAUUAUGUUGAAUAAUUACAUUAAAUAGGAAUAAUAACAAUGUGUAUUGAAUAAUUAUAAAAGUAAAUACAAAAUAAAAACUUUAGUUUCUAAAUUUAAAGUAGAAUAUAACUUAAACUGUCAUGAAAUUUCUAUAAUCCAUACUGUCUUUUAUUUACAUUAUUUUCCAAAAUUUCUGAACAUUUUAAAGAAAUUAGCCAGGAUACCAAUUAAGUCCAUUGACAUUAUGGUUUUGUUUUCAUACCCAUCGUUAAAAUCUUGAUAAUUUUUAACAUGUAAAAUUAAUCUUGAUUUAACUGACGAUUAGAAAAUUAUCUAAAACAUUAGCAAAAAGGAACAAACUUAAUAUGUAUCUUUCGUACUAAUUAAAAAUUCGUCAUACAACUGCAUGUCACAAACAAACAUACAUGUUGGUCUUUUUGUAAAAAUCCAAACACAUUAUGUAUGCCGUAAUUGUCGUUAAUUUUGGUCAAUCCUCGGCAUACUUCAAAUAUACAAGUUGGCAGAUGUUUUUAUAACUGAUUGAUUAUCAAUUCACACAUAUUUAUGCAAUUAUCUUCUCAAAGUGUCACCCAACAUAGCCAAAAACAUCAAUAGCCAAAUCGACAAAUACACCGAUUUUCUUUACAACCAGCGCCUAGGUAAACAUUUGUAUUGAGAACCAAUUCUUGAUCGCUUAUAUCAUUACGGAAAAAAACAUGAACGACCCUAAUAUGGGCCGCUCAUUUUCGCCAAUUCGCAAAAUUAAGCGCCAAAUUCUUAGAAUUAUCGCAAAUGGUGACAUUGGCGAUCAACAGCGUAGGCCCUGUAAUAUACAAAAUAUAGCAUGGUUAUAUUGUAUUUAAAGUUAAACCCAACAGAACAAUAAACAAAUAUUGUAUAAAAUAUAUAUAUAUAUAGAAGUUCACUUACUACAGUAUCACUUUUUUCAGUGUAUAUCCCUUUCUUUUGUCAGUAUUGACCUUCAUGUGACCAGUUACUGACCAAUGAUAUAAGUGGAAUUUUUGAGUCCUAAAAAUAGUACGCUAUAACCCCUUUAUUGCAUGUGAUAUUGAUAUUUAACAGGAAAAAAAAGCUUGGAAAAUGGAAAAAAAGUUCCAAAGUGUCGUAAGUUUAAGUUAGCCAAAAAUAGCAAAGUAAUAGUUUUGAAUUCAUUGAUCUAGAUUCUUUAGUGUACGCCAUCAUAACCCGCCCGCUUAGCUCAGUAGGUAGAGCGUUGGUCUACGGAUCGAGAGGUCGCGAGUUCGAUCCUCGGGCGGGGCGUAUGUUCUCCGUGACUAUUUGAUAAAGGACAUUGUGUCUGACAUCAUUAGUCCUCCACCUCUGAUUCAUGUGGGGAAGUUGGCAGUUACUUGCGGAGAACAGGUUUGUACUGGUACAGAAUCCAGGAACACUAGUUGGGUUAACUGCCCGCCGUUACAUGACUGAAAUACUGUUGAAAAAUGGCGUUAAACCCAAAACAAACAAACAAACAAAUGUACGCCAUCAUGCUGUCAUGUAAUAAUGUGCCAGCAAAAUGUUUACCGUCUGCUGCGUAGAAAUUUUAUGUAGGCAAAUUCACAUGAAACAAACAUUAUUGAAGGUAACUUCCGGUACUGUAGACUGUUUGAGCAGAUACUAACAACUGAGUCAUUGCCGAGGCAUGUGCAAAUGUUGAGGUUGUACAUAUUUGUUACUGCUUCCACAAAGAUUGUAGGAUUGUAGGAUUCUUUUAGAGAUUAAUAUAUUUAUUAUUGAAUCUUGUUUGAACAUGGGUAAAUAUACUGGCUCUUACUUUCUUGAGAAUAUGUUGUAAUGUACUGAGGGAAAUAUUACAUAUAAGCUUCUGUUAAAGGGAAUGACCUCUAGAUUUUGGCUAAAAAUAUCUUUCUUCUAAAUUGAAGUUUAGUCAUACUAUGAACAUUAGAACACGAGUUUUUGUUUCUAAACUAUUUUAAAAAUGCCAAAUCAAGAAAAAAAGUUGACCACACCGGGAAUCGAACUCUGACCACAGUGGCAAUAGAAAAGUUUUCCGCUGUCGCUGCAAAUAGUGCUAUGGAGGAUUUAGUGCUCAAUGCACAUUAAAAAUAGAUAUUUAUAAUUGAGACAGUUAUCCUCGAGUAAUUGAGACAGUUAUCCUCGAGUAAUUGAGACAGUUAUCCUCGAGUAUAGUGUUACAAAUGCUUUUCGAUUUUCAUCGUAAAAAUUAGUAAAAACAACUAAUUCUCAUGCGUUUCCGUAACAUAUAGUCUGUCAGUAAUUAAGUUUCAAAGCAUUCUUAAGAAAUAUAGCAUUAAUUUCCAGAUGAAUAAAAAAAUCUCUUUUUUUUUUUGAUGUCGAACGAUCUGGAGGCAAGUGCCUUUAAAAGCUAUGAAUAAUUGAAGGAGACCAUUUUGCUUUUGUUAUUUGAAAAGAAAAAGUGCAUUUAUAUCAUUGUUUUGUUGUAAAUUUUGUUUUGAGUUCAGUUUUGUUAUGGUUUCAGAAAAUACCUAAAGUUUGUUGCAGCUAGUCAGAAUAUGUAAAUUCAAAAUUAAUAUACUGGUAUUAUCAGGUUUAAAUUUCUUUUAUGCACUGAAGUGGGUGUUCUAUAUGCUGUAUAGAAUGUCUCAAAUUAAUUUGAGCCGUGCCAUGAGAAAACCAACAUAGUGGCUUUGCGACCAGCAUGGAUCCAGACCAGCCUGCGCAUCCGCGCAGUCUGGUCAGGAUCCAUGCUGUUCGCUUUCAAAGCCUAUUGCAAUCAGAGAAACUGUUAGCAAACAGCAUGGAUCCUGACCAGACUGCGCGGAUGCGCAGGCUGGUCUGGAUCCAUGCUGGUCGCAAAGCCACUAUGUUGGUUUUCUCAUGGCAUGGCUCAUUUGAUUUUUCAUUUGUAAUUACUAGCAAAGGAAAGAAUGUUAGUGACAUAAAGCAGGGACUUGUUCCUUUAGGAAAACAUCCAAUUAAAUACAAAUAGAUUAUUAAUUUAUGUAUUUUUCGGCAACCAGUUACAGUUGUCUGUUUUGAAAGACUUUUUAUCCCCCGCCGAUGAAAUCGGGAGGGGGGUAUUGAAGUGGCGUUGUCUGUCCGUCAGUCAGUCCGUCCGUCCGCAGCCAUUUCUCAGUAACUACUUGGUAGAAUUUCAUGAAACUUGAAAUAAACAUGAACCAACAUACUGCGAUGAUGCCCGUCAAGUUUUUUUUUUGAUUGGUCAAUUUCCCUCAGAGUUAUUGCCCUUGAUUUAAUAAAAAAUGUCCGUCUGCAGCCAUUUCUCAGUAACUAACAGGUAGAAUUUCAUCAAAUUUGAAAUAGACAUGAACCAAGAUACUGUGCUGAUGCCCGUUAAGUUUUUUUUUUUGAUUGGUCAAUUUCCCUCAGAGUUAUUGCCCUUGAUUUAAUAAAAAAUGUCCGUCUGCAGCCAUUUCUCAGUAACUAACAGGUAGAAUUUCAUCAAAUUUGAAAUAGACAUGAACCAAGAUACUGUGCUGAUGCCCGACAAGUUUUUUUUUUGAUAGGUCAAUUUCCGUCAGAGUUAUUGCCCUUGAUUUAAUGAAAAAUGUCCGUCUGCAGUCAUUUCUCAGUAACUAGCAGGUAGAAUUUCAUCAAACUUGAAACAGACAUGAACCAAGAUACUGCGACGAUGCCCUUCAAGUUUUUUUUCGAUUGGUCAAUUUUCCAUAUAGUUAUUGCCCUUUAAUUGUUUAAAAAUCCACAGAUCUGUACAUAACAAACCAACCAAUUGGAAGAAUUUCAUUAAACUUCUUUCAUUCUUUUCCAUGAACAUUUAUUAUAAACAUGUGAUGUUGUGUACCUACACCUGGUCACCACCUUACCUUGGUCCACCCCCCAUUUUUUUUUUUUUUUUUUUUUUUUUUUUUUUUUUUUUUUUUUUU